GGUCACUAGUGACCUGGUGGUGUAGUCUUGAUUUGCCGAAUUUAUUGGGCUGCUCUAAUAUAAAAAUCGCACACGUCUGACCGAAAGACAUCAUUCGUUUGUCAUCAACUCCCCAGUUGAGAUCAUCUGUCCCGAAGUCACUGGAGCGUGAUUUAUUCGAUUAAGGCGUUUUAAAAAAUGAAGGCGUUCGUAGUGCUAUCCAUGGCUCUGGCCAUCGCAUCCAGCGCGGCUGUUGACGAUUCCGCCAAGAAGGAGAAACGUGGACUCUGGGAACUGGGCUACGGCCACGACAACUUGGACCUGAACAACCACUACGACCAUCACCAUCUGGAUUUCGACCACCACCACAAAGAAGUCAACCACGUUUCGACCACCAUUACCAAGAAGGUCCCAGUCCCGUACCCAGUCGAGGUCGAGAAGCACGUCCCCGUGGAAGUGAAGGUCCCCUACCCAGUGCACGUCGAAAAGAAGGUCCCGGUCUACGUCGAAAAGCAAGUCCCGGUGGUCGUUGAGAAGAAGGUCCCCUACCACGUUGAUCGCCCAGUUCCCUACCCAGUUGAGGUCAAGGUCCCAGUCGUCCACAAGGAAUACGUCGAAGUGCCCAAGCCAUACGCAGUUCAUGUUGAGAAGCCCGUUCCAGUGAUCGUCCAGAAGCCGGUGUACGUCGAGAAGCAUGUCCCAGUGACCGUGCACGUCAAGGAGCACCACCACAAGAACAAGCACUGGGGACUGUUCUAAGCGAUUGAUGAUUCGU